AAUCUUCCCUCUAUCAUUUAGGCCGUAGUAAGAAAAAAAAAUAUUGGUAAAGUCCCCGUCCAAACAGAGAAAAUCCAGCUUAUGCGGGAAUCCUGAUCCGAAACUGCCCCCCUUUUUCUUUCUUUUGCCAAGCCGCUUCGUUAUGGGAUGUAAAUGAAUCAACAUCGGCUGUGCAGUACAAACACACACACACAUAUAUACACGACGGGCUUCUUUCAGUCUCUAAUCUAUCAAAUCCACUCAUAAAACGUUGGGUAACGCAGGCUACGGUGGAAAGCUCCAGACCCAAGUGCCACGCAGUGGGACUGAACCCGGAACUAUGUGGUUGGGAAGCAAGCUUCUUACCACACAGCCACGCCUAUGUUAAAAAAUGUAAAUUAAGACACAAAUAUUUGGGAUAUAAACAUUUAAUAAAGCAUGAAAUAUUAUAAGAUAGUUUGAUAAAUUUGUCUAUUGCUAAAAAUUGCAAAAUAAAUUUCAACCUUCACCUCUAUUUACGACAUUAGUUGUUUUCGUAUGAAUAAUGGCAGUUCAUUCAGAGGGAAACGAUGAAUUUCAACUUCUACCACCAACUGCUUUCGAGACAUUUUCUGUGGUUGGUGAUGCAAACAAACAACUCUUUGAAGUGAAGUCUGAAAUUGAAAUGUUGAAAAAGGAAAACAAAAAAUUGCGGCAGCAACAAAAAGUACAAAUAAAUGAUUCUAAGUUUGUUUCUCCAACUAGUGGUGUGUCUCCCAACACCAAUUUCUUUCAACAAUCAUAUCUAGAAAAUCUUCUUACACGUCAAGCAAGUGAGGUGUUUGAACUUAAACAGCAGAUAUGUCAGCUUACUACAGAUCACAGAUUGGCAGUGAAGUUGGCUGAGGAACAAAAGCAUUCAGAAAUUAAGGAACUGAUGGAACAGCAGCAUAUAACAACGGAAGCAUUUAAACAUAAGCAUUAUAUUCAAAUUAAAGAAAUGGAAAAUGAAUAUGAACAGAAUAAUCAAGAAAAAGAUAUGUUAAUUCUAAACUUAAAAACAGAACUUAAGGAGAAAAAUAAUCUUUUUGAAAACCAGAUAAGAGUUCUUAAUUGUGAUACUGAUGUACAUAUAAGAAGUCAAGGUGAAACUAUUCACAUUCUACGACAACAAUUAGAAACAGCUGGAGUUGAAAUUAAACAACAGAAUGAACAGUUAAAAAACGCAAAGGAUUCUUUUGCAGUGGAGAUUUUGCAGAAGGAUGAAGAAAUUUGUUCUAAAAGCAGGGAAAUCAAAAACUUAAACCAGCAGAUACAACAGUUAAAGACAUAUAUUGGUGACACUGAGAAUGUGCCAAGAUCUAUAGAAAUAUUGGAAACAGAUAAAGAAGUGCUGCAAAGCAGACUAAAAAUCCUUACAAAAGAGAAAGAGCAUUUACAAUCAAGCAAUGAUCUUUUGAAGAUUCAGUUAACAUCUAUUAAUGAAAUCUUAAUUUUACAAGAAGCAGAAUUAUCACAGUAUAAAGCUAAAUACCAUGAUAAUGAACAAGAUGAAAUUUUACUAAUUAAAAAAUGGAGAGAGAAAUUAUUUUCUGUUAUGGUCCAGCAUAAAUCAGCAAUAAUUCGGCAAGAAAAUGAUAUAGUGAAGUGGAAAGAGAAGGUAUCCAAUAUACAAAAUAAAUUGAAUUUAUCAGAAAACCAGCUCCAAAUAUUUAAUCAUUCUUUGUCAAAUAAACAAGCAGAGCUUGACAUCACAAUCAAUGAAAAUAAGAGAGCUUGUUGUAUAGUGCUUGUGUCUGGAAAGUUUGAAGAAUUUUAUCACAUGUUUGCAUCAAUGAAUAAGAAAUUGGCCUCAUAUGGACAGCGUGUUCAGUUUGCCAGCAGUAGAGUAUUGUUGUUAAAAGAUAUUAUGGCAAAACAGAAAUAUUUGUCAAAACUUCAACAACAAACAGAGCAGCAAGAAGGUAAAGACUGUGAAACAUCACUAGGGAAUUCAGUAACAUCUGGGAAAUGUGUUGAAAGUUUAGAAAGCACUCCUGAACACAUAAUUGUGGAGUUGCAACAAUUGCAGAAAGAACGGGAUUUGCUGGCUUCACAGCUUUCUGACAUCACUGCUGGAGUUGAAGAGAGAAUGCAAGCAGAAAAAACAAAAUAUGAAUUGCAAGUCUCUCAUCUGAAAGAAGAACUCCAUAAGAAUAGUAUAUCUUUCCAGGAAACAUCCAAACCAAGAAGCUACAUCAGUGUUACAAGGUCUAGAGUUUUACACCAGAAUAUUUAUCAAACAGGAUAAGAUUUGAAAGUUAUGUAACAUUUAUAAAUUUUACAUCAUUAUUAUCAUGUUUGCAUGGGCUAGAUGGAAUUUGUUGAAGUGAAUUUUCUCAGCCAGGUGCCCU